AUGUACAAAUUCAGAUAUUAUAAUUCCCUGGCCGACAAAAAAUUAGCAAAAUAUCCACAAAUAAAUAAGUUGGAACAAACAACUGGAGUUUCAAAAACUUACCUUGCAGCUGGCGUUUUAGGCAUUGUAUCUAUUUUGAUAUUUUUCAAUUUUUGGGGAGAAUUACUCUCUAACCUUAUCGGAUGGCUUUAUCCUGAUUCAUUUGAAAGAGCAUAUGAGUGUUUAGAUGUUUCUGAACAUUCUUCUUCUUCCACUUUCAAUAAUAUAUCAAACGAUCCUCCAGGAAUAUCUGGAUUUUCCACUGGCUCUGGAAGAGGAAUUAAUCCUGUAUCAAAAGAAUCAAUGGAAAAAGCAUACAAAUGUUUGGAUGUUCCCACCAAUUUAUCAUCACCAUCUACUAAUUCCAAUAAUAAUCCUUCGGGAAUAUUUGGAUUCUCCACUGGCUCUGGAAGAGAAAUUAAUCCUUUAUCAAAAGAAUCAAUAGAAAAAGCAUACAAGUUUUUGGACAUUCCUACUGAUUUAUCAUCACCAUCUACCAAUUUCAAUAAUAUAUCAAAUAAUCCUUCAGGAAUAUCUGGAUUUUCCACUGGCUCUGGAAAAGGAAUUAAUCCUGUAUCAAAAGAAUCAAUGGAAAAAGCAUACAAAUGUUUGGACGUUCCUACUGAUUUAUCAUCACCAUCUACUAAUUCCAAUAAUAUAUCAAAUAAUCCUUCAGGAAUACCUGGAUUUUCCACUGGCUCUGGAAGAGGAAUUAAUCCUGUAUCAAAAGAAUCAAUGGAAAAAGCAUAUAAAUGUUUGGAUGUUCCCACCCAUUCAUUAUUACCAUCUAUUAAUUCCAAUAAUAUGUCAAAUAAUACUUUGGGAAUAUCUGGAUUUUCUGCUGGCUCUGGAAAAGGAAUUAAUCCUGUAUCAAAAGAAUCAAUGGAAAAAGCAUACAAAUGUUUGGACGUUCCUACUGAUUUAUCAUCACCAUCUACUAAUUCCAAUAAUAUAUCAAAUAAUCCUUCAGGAAUACCUGGAUUUUCCACUGGCUCUGGAAGAGAAAUUAAUCCUGUAUCAAAAGAAUCAAUGGAAAAAGCAUAUAAAUAUUCAUUUGAAAGAGCAUAUGAGUGUUUAGAUGUUUCUGAACAUUCUUCUUCUUCCAAUUUCAAUAAUAUAUCAAAUAAUCCUUCAGGAAUAUUCGGAUUCUCCACUGUCACUGGAAGAGAAAUUGAUCCUUUAUCAAAAGAAUCAAUGGAAAAAGUAUACAAGUUUUUGGAUGUUCCUACUGAUUUAUCAUCACCAUCUACCAAUUUCAAUAAUAUAUCAAACAAUCCUUCAGGAAUAUCUGGAUUUUCCACUGGCUCUGGAAGAGGAAUUAAUCCUGUAUCAAAAGAAUCAAUGGAAAAAGCAUACAAAUGUUUGGACAUUCCUGCCCAAUCAUCAUCACCAUCUAUUAAUUCCAAUAAUAUAUCAAAUAAUACUUUGGGAAUAUCUAGAUUUUCCACUGGUUCUAGAAGAGGAAUUAAUCCUGUAUCAAAAGAAUCAACGGAAGAAGCAUACAAGCAUUUGGAUGUUUCUGAACAAUCUUCUUCAAAUAUCAGACCUUUAAAAGAUAAUGAUAUAAAAAAGUUUAGAAAACCUAUAAAAAGUGCAACAAUCUCUUCAUCAAUCAAUAAUAAUAAUAAUGAUGAUGAUGAUAAUAUUAGCACUAAAUUCUUUGAAUUGUCAUCAUCUGUACCUAGAAACACUAUGGGAAACUUGGUAUAUCAUCAUCCUUUGAAAUUUACUGAACAAAACUUAUUAAAUUUUGAAAUACCAACAGAUGUUUUAUACAUAAAUCCAUCUAAUGCCACUCAUUAUAGUUUCGUUUGGCCAAGACUUUUUUCAAAAUCAGAUUCCCAACUACAACAAAAAACAUGGGACCCAAAUGAGGCAUUAUCAUGUUUAAUUGAAUAUGGUGCUAAUCCUAAACUGAUAGAUGAACAAUGGGUGCUGGAUCAUUACAAAUGGAUAGUAUGGAAAAUAACUAUACUUGAUCAAUUAAGAUAUAGAUAUGAAAGAGAAAUAAAUUGUGCACACAGAUCUUCUAUUAAAUUAAUUGUAGAAGGUGAUACUUCACCAUCAUGGCCUAUUGUUCUUUGUGUAUCAAAUAUAAUUGAUGAUAAAAUUCCUAUUGAUUCAAAAUUUUCACUUGAAUUGACUGAUGGCUGGUAUAAGAUUCAUACAUGUAUUGAUCCACCAUUACAACGAGCUAUAAUGAAAUCUAAAAUAAAAAUAGGCUCCAAACUUGAAAUUUGUGGUGCAAAAGUUUAUGGAGAAUCUGUUGGCAAAACAUCAGUAUUAGAAGCAACAAAUUCCAUAUACUUGAAAUUAUCAGGAAAUUCAACAAAACCAGCUCAUUGGAACUCCAAACUUGGAUUUGGAAAGUUUAGACCUUUUGCUUUGUUAAAUAGUCUUACCCCAGAUGGUGGGUUUAUUUUUGCCAUUGAUGUUGUGGUAAUGCGAAAAUAUCCUUUGAUGUACCGUGAAACAACUAAAGAUGGAAUAUAUAUUAUGCGUAAUGAAAAAGGAGAGGAACUGGCUCAAAGAAAAUUUACAGAACAGAUGCAGGAAAAGGUGUUAUCCUUACUAGAAAUUUAUCAUAAAGUAGGAAUAGGUGGUGAUGAUUCAGCAAAUAAUAAUAUCAGGCAAAAACAAGCAAUAACUAAACAAUUUGUGAAUAGUCUCACAUCUGGAGAAGAAAUAUUUAAUUUAUUACAUGAGAAUAUUGAGGAUUCUAAUAGGAUAUUUGAAUAUUUGAGCUCUGAUCAGAUUAGGUGGUUAAAUGAUUGGCUGAAUAGAAAAACGAUAAGUGAUUUAAAUGAAAAGAAUGAUUGGCUUAAUGAGCAGUUGGAAUCAAUGGAUUUGAAGUGUGUUCGUUCUGUUGUUCCAUUCUUUAAAGUACGUGUGUGUGAUUAUCAUGAAACUGUUAGAGAAGUUCGAUCCAGGGUUAAAAGAGAAGCAUUGAUCACCAUAUGGAGUCCUAGCAGUUCUUUAUAUGAUUCUAUUUGUGAAGGACAAAGAAAUCACAUAUAUUCAUUGAUGGUGGCCAAUAAUCAAUCAUAUGAUCCAAGUUUAUCAACAACAAUUCCUUUAAUACGUCUCACAUCAAUAGGACAUACAACAAUAUGGAGAGAACAACAAGCCAAUUUAAACAAAAUCAGAAAUUCAUUAUAUAAUCUACGAGUUGUUACAAGUUGUGAUGAAUUAGAGAUGACAAUGAGGACAAAUCAUCAUCAUUAUCAAAAAGAACAUGAUAUGGUAGUAAUUGUGUUGGUAGUUGGGGAAAUUGUGGAGAAGAUACAAUAUGGAAUCACUAUAGAAAUACAAACUGCAAUAGCUACAGAUACAAGUGGGCAGCUUGUGUUCAUUGAAUUCAAUAAGUCAUUCUUUAUUAAUUUGAAUAAUUUAUUAAUACCAAAGUCCAUAUUGACCAUAAUCAACUUAAAGCAUACUGGUUAUGAUUCAAAUCAUCAAGUCCACAUACUUUCGACAUGUGAUGAGACAGGGAUCAGACAAUUUCCUCAUGAAGAUUACUUGAAGCAAGCUAAAUCAAGACUUGAAACUUGGGUCAAAGUCAAUGAGUCAGUUCUUAAUAACACAAACUAUAAAAGAGUUCUUACAAAUUCUAUUAACAAUAACUUUCCUAAAAAAGAACAACUUCUUAAGGCAAAACAUGACUGGGUAGCAGUACAUGUUUCUGUACGCAUACCUAUAAUUAAGACUUCUGAGAGAUCCGAAAGAAUAUUGUCUGAUGCAAAAUCCAAAGAACAUAGUAGAAUCCAAAAGACUACGUGUCAAGUAAGAUUCGAAGAAAAUAUGUCUCAUGAAGUAGGAUUUGAAAGACUACGUAAUAAAUAUAAAUCUAUUCUCAAAGAUUGGUGGAAAAUCUCAACAACUAUGAUGGUGGUUGUGAUAGAUACCACAAGCGAAGAGUCUGAUGAUAUCACUUUAGUAGAAUUUAACAGCUAUGAGAUUAAAAAUAAAAUCUCAAAUGUAAUCUGCGAUAACAUACAAAAUGAAGAAUUAGAUCCACAAGAUUUACUUCCUAAUGGCAUUAUUAAUCAUACUUUUUUACAAAAUUAUCAUAAAAGAUUGUUUGACCUCAUUGUGAAACAAAACUGUUUAAAUGAAUUAUUAUGGAGUAGAGUUGAACUACAUCGAUAUAAAAUGAAGUUGGCGAUUGAAGAAAAAAAUUUUAUAUGCAGUCAUAUUAAGUAUGGAAAUUGUACUGCACCUAACGGUUGA